AUGCAACUCACACAAGUCCUUGCCGUUGCCAUUUUGGCUGCUGGUGUCUCUGCUGGCCACAGGCCUCACCGCCCACACAGCAACAAGCUUGAGAUCCAAGACAUCAAAUGUCAAUCCGGUGCCCCUUACUGCUGCUCUCCCGAGAAGACCAAAGGAAGCACCUGCACCAAGUUGACCGGCAGCUCAGUCAACUGUGACAGCGUUGUUGUCUGCUGCAACAACAACGGAGACAAGCAUUCUCCUCAGACCUGCUCUGCCAGCGUUGCGCACCCAAUCACUUUCGUUGAUGUCGAUGCUAAGUUCAGAAUCGACCACAACAAGGUGUCCCACAACAGGGUCAACGCUAAGCAACGCCGCGACGACAAGAAGGACUAUGGCAAGAACGACUAUGGCAAGAACGACUAUGGCAAGAACGACUAUGGCAAGAAGGACUAUGGUAAGAAGGACUAUGGCAAGAAAGAGUACGACCCCAAGGACCACAAGGACUAUGGCUAUAAGGACUAUGGCCACAAGGACUAUGGCCACAAAGACUAUGGCCACAAGGACUAUGGCCAUGAUGACUAUGGCUACAAGGGAUAUGACGACAAGGAGUAUGGAUACAGGGGAUACGACGACUACUACUAG